GAGAAGCGCCGAGGCUUGGUCUGAGGCGCUCUGUGGGGUCUGGCUUGAGGGCGCCAGCGUCCUCCGAUUCGAGUCAUCGCGGCCGGGCAAUCGAGGGCUCGGAGCGCAGUGUGCAAGGCGGUGGCGGGAAGGUCAUGGCGGAGCCCUCGGCGCGACACCUGUCGCUGCCCUCGGGGCUGCUGGAGUUGUGCGCGCUGCUGGGUGCCUCUCAAGACAGCCUCCGCGGCCUGGAGCAGAUUGCCCCGAAACGAGGAGUGAGCAGCGCCUCUUCCCUUGUCCCUGAAGUUCUGUCUGUUUUUGUACCUCCUUUCACCACAAAAGAGGAUGGCCAGGUGGUGGGGGCCAACUGUACUCUCAGCAAAGGCAGGAGGCGUUCCUUCCGGAAGAAGCGCGAGAAGCCCAGGAUGGAGUCCUGGAAGAACCACCCUGGAGACUCAAAGGGGCCCGAUUCUGAGGAUGUCACCAUCCCCGGAGGUGUGGACCUCCUUGCCCUGCCUCAGCUGUGCUUCCCAGGGGGUGUGUGUGUGGCUUCGGAACCAAAAGAGGAUUACAUCCAUUUCCUGGUGCUCACGGAUGUCUGUGGGAAUAGAACCUACGGCGUGGUCGCCCAGUACUAUCGACCGCUGCACGAUGAAUACUGUUUCUACAAUGGCAAAAGCCACUGGGAGCCCAGCAUGAGCUCUGCUAGACGCUUCGUGCCCUUUGCAGUAUGUGUGGUGUCCCGGUUCCCAUAUUAUAACUCCCUCAAGGACUGCCUCUCCUGUUUACUGACUCAUCUGAAGCUCUGUAAAGACUUUGAAGUUGACAAUCACAUAAAGGAUUUUGCUGCACGACUGUCCUUAAUACCUAGUCCCCCGCCUGGGCCGCUCCACUUGAUAUUUAACAUGAAGCCGCUGCAGGUCGUGUUUCCUUCUCGAGCGGACCCAGAGAGCCCCAUCAUCGACUUGGACCUUCACCUGCCCCUGCUGUGCUUCCGGCCUGAGAAAGUGUUGCAGAUCCUGACCUGUAUCUUGACGGAACAGCGCAUGGUGUUCUUCUCCUCAGACUGGGCCCUGCUGACUCUCAUGGCUGAGUGCUUCGUGGCCUACGUCCACCCCCUGCAGUGGCAGCACACCUUCGUGCCCAUCCUGUCGGGUCAGAUGCUGGACUUCGUCAUGGCUCCCACGUCUUUCCUCAUGGGCUGUCAUCUCGACCACUUUGAAGAAGUCAGAAAGGAAGCUGAUGGCCUGGUCCUGAUUGACAUUGACCGCGGGAGUGUCACCUGCUCCAAGUCUUCUGAUGAGGAUGUAGACAUCCCUGACGUCCCUCUUCUGCUGGCACAGGCCUUCAUUCAGAGAGUCCAGAGUCUCCAGCUGCACCCAGAUUUGCACCUUGCCCACCUGAGCGCCAGCACAGACUUGAAUGAGGGCCGAGCCCGCCGCCGAGCUUGGCAGCAGGCUCUCAACUGCAAGAUCCAGCAUAUCACUCUGCAGCUGCUCGUCGGCAUCUUCAGGGAAGUGAAGAAUCACUUGAAUUAUGAGCACCGCGUCUUCAACAGCGAGGAGUUUCUCAAGACGAGAGCAGCAGGGGACCAGCAAUUUUAUAAGCAGGUUUUGGACACCUACAUGUUCCAUUCCUUCCUGAAGGCCCGGCUCAACGGCAGGAUGGACGCCUUUGCUCGGAUGGACCUUGACACUCAGUCUGAGGAGGACAGGAUAGACAGGAUGCUUAUAAGUCCAAGGAGACCUACUGUGGAGAAGAUGGCGUCUAGGAAGGCCUCACCCCUGAACAUCGCACACAGGCGCAUGGUGGUCAGCAUGCCCAACCUGCAGGACAUCUCCCUGCCCGAGCUGCCACCCAGAAACUCAUCGCUUCGGAUAAUGGAUACCUCGAGCUGCAAAAGCAGCAGUCCAGUACUCAAAGUGACCCCUAAGUCAACAUAUACAUUCAAGAUCCCCGAGAUCCACUUCCCGCUGGUGAGCCAGUGCGUUCAGGCAUACUUCACAGACCUCGUCACUCUCCUGAGCAAGGCCAUGGCCCUGUUGGGCCCUGGUGACUCUCUGCUCCUGGCCAGGUACUUCUACCUUCGUGGUCUCAUCCACUUGAUGCAGGGGCAGCUGCUGAAUGCCCUCUUGGAUUUCCAGAGCCUGUAUAAGACCGACAUAAGGAUCUUCCCAGCUGAUCUUGUCAAGGGGAUGGUGGACUCCAUGUCGGCCUCGGAGCGGGCCCAGGCUGAGCGGACGCCUGAGCUCAGGCGACUCAUCACUGAGGUCUUUGAUAAGCAAGGAGAGGCCCCCAAGGCAGACGACGCCGUGAAGAACUUCGAACUGCCCAAGAAGCACAUGCAACUCAAUGACUUUGUGAAGCGGGUCCAGGAGUCGGGGAUCGUGAAGGACACCACCAUCAUCCACCGUCUGUUCGACGCCCUGACCGUGGGACACGAGAAACAGAUUGACCCUGAGACGUUCAGAGAUUUUUACACGUGCUGGAAGGAGACGGAAGCAGAGGCACAAGAGGUCAGCCUGCCCGCACUGCUUAUGGACCAUCUGGAUAGGAACGAGUGCGUCUACAAGCUGUCAAGCUCCGUGAAGACCAAUCGUGGCGUCGGCAAGAUUGCCAUGACCCAGAAACGCCUGUUCCUGCUCCCUGAGGGCCGGCCCAGCUACGUGGAGAUCGCCACCUUCAGGAACAUAGAGGAAGUCAAAAGCACCACGGUGGCAUUUCUCCUCCUGAAGAUACCCACCUUAAAGAUCAAGACGGUGGCCAAGAAGGAAGUCUUCGAGGCCAACCUCAAGUCUGAGUGUGACCUCUGGCACCUCAUGGUGAAGGAGAUGUGGGCCGGAAAGAAGCUGGCAGAUGACCACAAGGACCCUCAGUACGUCCAGCAAGCACUGACCAACGUUCUGCUUAUGGAUGCCGUGGUUGGCACGCUGCAGUCAUCUGCUGCCAUUUACGCUGCCUCCAAGCUGGCCUACUUGGACAAGAUGAAGAAUGAACUGCCCAUGGCAGUCCCCAAAACAACCUCGGAGACCCUAAAACACAAGAUUAACCCUUCAGCUGGAGAGACCGCUCCCCAAGCCAUUGAAGUCUUGCUGUAUACUCCAGGGCGCCUGGAUCCUGCAGAGAAAGUUGAAGACGCACACCCCAAGCUGUGGUGUGCCCUGAAUGAAGGCAAAGUGGUUGUGUUUGAUGCUUCCUCUUGGACCAUUCACCAGCACUGCUUCAAAGUGGGUUCCUCUAAAGUGAACUGUAUGGUGAUGGCGGAGCACAGCCAGGUGUGGGUAGGCUCCGAGGACUCCGUCAUCUACAUCAUCAACGUCCACAGCAUGUCCUGCAACAAACAGCUCACGGAUCACCGUUCCGCGGUCACUGGCUUGGCCGUGCCCAGUGGGAAGAAGCCCAGUGCAGUCUACUCCUGCAGCCUGGAUGGGACGGUCUUGGCGUGGAAUGUCAGCACGCUCCGAGUGAUCAGCCGGUUCCAGCUGCAAUACGGCGACCUCAUGUCCAUCAGCCUGCACAAUGACCGCGUGUUUUGUUGUACAGCCGGCAGCAUCUUGGUGGUGACGCUGCAGGGCUUUGUUCGUCAAGAGCUGAGGAUCCAGCCCUCUGAGGAGCCGUCUGCUUCCUUCCUGGCCGUCCAGCUUCUGCCUGAGGAGCAGCAGCUGUGGGUGGCCUAUACCGGGGUCAGUGAGCUGUAUAUCUGGAGCCUAAAGGACCUGGGCCAGCCUCCUCAGAAGACCCGCUUGCAAGACUGCACGGAGGUCACCUGCAUGAUCCGAGUGAAGAGGCAGAUCUGGGUGGGCGGCAGGGGGCUGUCUCAGGGAAAAACCCAAGGGAAGAUCUACGUGAUGGACGUGGAGAAGGUGACGGUGGAAAAGGAGCUGGUGGCACACUCGGACACCGUGAGGACCCUGUGUUCCGCCGAGGACCGCUAUGUACUGAGUGGAGCAGGCGGGGAGGAGGGGAAAAUCGCCAUCUGGAAAGUUGAGUGAAAGCUCCGUACUGAACCAGUGCUGUCCUGUGAGGGGACGUCUCCUGUCACACCACCGUGGCCGUGGCUAGCCAGUUGGGGCCUGUCUGCUCCAGGGGCCCUUACAUCCCUGGGUGAGCAGCUCCAUCAUAUUGCUGACAGCCUCUACUGUAAAGUUACCUCACGUCACCCAGAAACUUCCAGAAUCCACACCUGGGAGCCAGCACCUCAGCUGCCAACCUGGCAUGUGACCUGUGGUCUUCAAGGCUGGCCUCUCUCCCUUCCCUCUUCAUGUUUACUCUGCAAACACUCGGGCUCAGUGGUAUGGUGAUGGCCGGUAUGUCACAGCCACAGAGCCUUUCAGGUUUCUACAAACUUCCUGAUUCCAGAGAGGCUUCUGAGUAUUUGAAGGUAAACACCAAGAACUGGCCUGCACUGGGCAGGUGAUUCCCCCUUCAAGGAAGGGGACCAAGGCCUGCCCUGGGGAGGGGACAAUACUGGUCAGGCUUGUCUGUGUAGAAAUUGGGCAACUGAGUGGCUCUGUCUUAGCAUUAAAAUUUUGAUGAAGACCAACGACUACAGACAAGAAAGUCACCUCGGAAGCACAUGCAUGCGUGACUGGCUCCUUGGCUCAUAGCCUAUCUGCAGUGUGUGUCUCCUGCAUGUGUAAACGCCUCUGCAUUCAACUACACAUAGCGAUCUGCACUGAGGUUUGUGAAUGUGUUUACCACACUGGUCCAAUGUCAUCCUGGAAAUGUUCUGUGAGGUGGGUUUCAGUAUGGCUGCUGGACACAGGAUAUGGCCUAUUUCCUGUGUAUCCUUCUGUGAGGAUGUUCUGCAUGGAGCCCUCUGGAUCCCCUGCCUUGGGUUUUCAGGACUCCAUGUCCACCACUGGAGAGUGGAGAGGCAGUCACUAAGAAGUUACCGAGGGGUUGGGGAUUUAGCUCAGCGGUAGAGCGCUUGCCUAGCGAGCGCAAGGCCCUGGGUUCGGUCCUCAGCUCCGGGGAAAAAAAAAAAAAGUUACCAAUGGUCUAUGCCUGUCUCUGACGUCAGGCCAGGGUCCAGAGGUACGUAACCCAUGCAUGUGAAGAUGCGGGUAAGGGCUUGACGGGUCUGCACCACUGCCUGCUGGUCCCCUUGAAUGUAGUGCAGAGGAUCUCAGAGCCACACCCAUCCCUAGAGUCUGUGCUCCCUGAGGGGUGUUCCUUAUAUCCAGAAGGACAA